CCGUUUAACGUGACGCGUUUCCCAUGUAUUUAUAGCGUUUCCUGUUAAAUAUCAAAGUUGACUGGACAUUUGGCCUCGGUGCUAGAUUGUUGAUAAGUGAUCGGCGUGUCUGUCAUCCGACAUGUCAAGUCGCGCUUUGCGUAGGCUGAAGGGAGAGCAGCAAACUCAGGCUGAUUUAAACGCUUUUAAACUCGCUGAUGAAGAUGCCAGAGAUGAGGAGGGUCAGAUGAAGAGUGACGAAACUGCCAAUAAGCAGAAGAACAUAGGCAACAUCUUUGAGCUGAUAGGUGAGGCUGAUGUGGAUGCAAGCGUGUCAGAUGAGGAGACAGCAGAGAGAAUCACUGACAGACAAGGAGGAGGAGCUGCACUGAAGAAAGAUACCGUGAAGAAUGAGAAGUCAAACAAAAAAAAGAAAAAAAAGAAGAAAAAGACUGAGAGUGGAAAGGACGAUUUGAGUGUGGGAGAUGAUAUUGAUGCUUUCUUGGAGAGCCUGGAGAAGAAAAAAGGCCUGUCAUACCAGAGCACAGACAACAGCACCUCUGAACACAGACCUGUACUGUACGUGGAACACAGAAAUCUUAAUCCAGAGACAGAGUUGAAGAGGUAUUUUGGAGUUCGAGCUGUUCUUGGAGACCAGAGAUCAAAACAGAGACAGAGGCAGUUUCAUCGGUGUACUUGGAUGACUGUUUUUAAAGAAACAUGGCCCCGCUUCAGUCGACCAGGUAUCUCUAUGAGUCUAGUGGAGUCUAAAGAUGGCAUUCAGCACUUCACGUUUGAACAUAAUCGUGACUAUCAGCAAGUCCAGUUCAAGUUUUUUGAUGCUGUCGAGUCAAUGGACCCCAAUAACUUUGUGGUUCUUCUGCAAUUUAACCCAUAUCAUAUUGACUCACUUCUGCAGCUGUCAGAUGUAUGUCGCAUGCAAGAAGAUCAAGAGACUGCCAGAGAUCUUAUUGAAAGGGCCUUAUAUUGUUUUGAGUGUGCAUUCCACCCUGUGUUCAGCCUGACAUCAGGAAUGUCUCGACUAGACUACAGCAGACCAGAGAACAGGGCCUUUUAUUUAGUGCUGUUCAAGCAUAUGUUAUUUCUGGAGAAGAGAGGUUGUCCACGUACAGCCCUGGAGUACUGUAAACUGAUUCUGAGUCUGGAUCCAGAUAAUGACCCUCUCUGCAUGCUGCUGAUCUUUGACUUCCUGUGUCUGCGCUGUCGUGAGUACACGGCCCUCAUCCGACUCUAUGAGGAAUGGGAGGUCCAUCGAAAUCUGUCGCAGCUGCCAAACUUUUCUUUUUCUGUAGCUCUUUCCUACUAUCAUCUGAGCCGGCAGGAAGACAUUUCACCUGUGGAGAGCCAACAGCUAAAGCAGAAAUCCAAUUUAUUACUGCAGAAUGCUCUCAUCAUGUUUCCUGGUGCACUCAUGCCCCUUUUGGACUUAUGCACAGUUCAGCCUGAUGCUGCGGUGUCUUCUCACGCAUUCUUUGGGCCAUCAAGUCAAAUUGGGCAGCCUCCUGCACUCUCAGAGUUGGUGUCCCUAUAUGUGGGUCGCUGCCAGAGCCUGUGGAAAGAGGCUGAGCUUAUGCUGUGGUUGGAGGAGAAUGUCAGAAAAGUGCUAACGAGGGUUGACUCGCAUGAUUCUUACGUGGACGACUGCAAAAACAAGAGGAAGCAGAGAUACCAGAGUGCUCCCCGGAACAUCCAUAGACAUGUGCUGAUGUCUGAGAUCAAGGAGGCAACAGCCACUCUUCCUUUAGAUGUGACCACACAGCCAGGAAUGAGUUUUGAUCCUCUCCCUCCGCUGGACUCCAUUGUGUCUUACAUCAGACCGGAAAGGCAGAACAUGGGGGCCUCAAAUGAAAGCACAUUAUCUUUGUUUUUCCGUUCGCUGCUACCAAACUUCAACCUGCAGAGACCAGAAGACAGACAGGAAGUUGCACGUGCUGGGCAUGAAUUGAACCAAGAAGUGAAUAGACUCAUGGUGGCCAUGAGGGACAUGUUGGCUAAUAUCCAGUUUCGUGAACCUCAGUGGGAAGACAACCAUGACAGGGACGAGGAGGAAUGGGACUGACAGUUCUGAGAAACCACCCAUGAAAUUGAGCGACCAUGUUUAGUAGACUGUGACAGUCAGCAAGAAACAGUUUAAAUUAUGAUAAAAAAUGUUUUAGUAAUUCUGUUUUAGUAAUUGUUAAAUGUUCACUUUAAGGUUUUGUGUUUGUCUAAGGUGUUGGGGUGCAACAUUAACACUUUGUGAUGCUAAAGGUUGAGAAAUCAGUUAAUUUCUGUAAACAAGCACGACAGCUUCAACUACGGCAUUUCUGAGUUAAUAGUAAGUUCAUUAAAAAACAUUUUCUUGUUCUUGA